AUGGUCCGUCCACCAGCUGCUCCCUGGCACCUGCUUCGACGAGCCCCCACCUCGCGAGCCGGCCGAAAAUGGGCCUCCUCAACGCGCAACUUCCACCAUGACGGCGCGCCAGCCUCAACAUCACCAUCUUCCUCACCCGCCACCAUCACCCACAUCCACCUGACCUCCUCCAAAGGCUUCCCCUCCUACGCCGCCGCCUCCGCCCUCCAAGCGACCCUGCGUGACGCUCUGCUCAACCACAAAGCCUCCCGCGACGCCUCCUCCUCCUCUUCCUCCGCCGCCGCCGCCGUGGCCCCCUCGCCCACCGUCAUCUCCUUCACGCCAACACCAACCUACACCCUCGGCCGCCGCCAAACAACCCUCGACCCCGCCCAACAAGCACGCCUCCAACAACCCCUCACCAUCUCCACACCCGGCACGCACGACGGCGCGCCCUCGCCAACAAGAAUAACAAAACGCUACACCCCGUCCGUGACCGCCUCCCCGCGCGGCGGCCUCACAACCUACCACGGGCCCGGCCAGCUCGUCCUCUGGCCCGUCCUCGACCUGCACGCCCCGCACCACGCAAACCACACGGUCCGCUCCUACGCCCGCCUCCUCGAGGACACGACGCGCGCCCUCCUCGCCUCCCUGCCGCGCCCCGUCGCCACGACCGCCUCGACCGCCGACCCGGGCGUCUGGAUCGCCCCCGACGACGGGCCCCCGCGCAAGAUCGCCGCCCUCGGCGUCCACCUGCGCCGCCAUGUCACGGCCCUCGGCGUCGCCCUCAACAUCGACACGCCCGUCGCCGGGCCCGAGGCCCUGAACCCCUGGGCCCGCUUCGUGCCCUGCGGCCUCGAGGGCAAGGCCGUCACGAGCGUGCGCGCCGAGCUUGGCGCCCGCGGCUUCGAUGACGCGCUGUACAUGUUUGGCGGCGACGCCGAUGUCUACCGGCACGCUCUCGCCGGGUUGUGGGUGCAGGAGCUGGCCGACCGUCUUGGUGCCGCUGGCGUUACGUCGCGGACGCUCGAUGCGGAAGAGCUCGGGCUCGAGAGCUCGGACUAA